AUGGGCAUAUCAGGUUUGGUAGGUGCCUUUUUCCCGGCUCCAAAACAGCUUGAAUUGCUGGAGAAAAUGCUGGAAACGAACCGUUUCGAUGAGCUGCACGAUGUGCUGGAGCAAAUCGAGUUUGAUGCCAGUGUGGUGGCCAGAAUCGAGGUUCUUGCAACUGCCCGGGUUUUAGGAGGCCUGGAAGCGUUUUGGGGCUCGGAGGACGCCGACCCUGUGACGGUCGGAGUGUUUGCACCACUGUUGGCAAAACUCGACAAAACGUUCUCUGCAAUCCAGGAAUGGGCCGCUCAAAAGCUGGUUGGUGCGCCACCCGGGUCUCUGGCUCUCUUAGGACUGUUAGAAACCACUUUUACCAUUCGCAACGGCCAAGAAUCGCCCCAGAACCAGCAGCUCUAUCAGACAUUGGUUUCGCUUCUGGCCAGUGAUGAUCCGCGCGUUUCAAACGCAAGUUGCCAAAUUAUCAAAUGGCAAACCGCAGAAAUUGCCGCUUUGCCACUGCAGAGUUCAGAAUUUGAUGGGUUUGUCUGGGCCGAGAUCGCUGCUUUACUGACCCGCGAUUCCACGCAGGUCAAAUCCAAAAACGGGCUUCUCCACAUUUUAAGAUCCCUACUAUUGAAAACAACGCCUAGCGCUUGCUUUUUGGCAUUUGUGAAAACUACUGCUUUCUGGUCUGCGCUGAAAAGUGGCCUUGCCCACGAGUCACACGAGAUCAGAAAGUACUCGCUGUCUAUCUUGAGACUCAUCUUACAGACCUUUCCCAAAGAAGAAUUGAUAUCUAAUGAUCUCAUGACUUGGGACCCAAGCUCAUCUUUGCAUUCCGAGACUUCUGCGGCAUGGAGUAAAUUCAUUACUCUUUACGAGAUAGUAGCGCUAGACACCGCUCUUAAUCAGCUAGAGGCGGCCAGUGGAGACAUUUUGGAUCUGCUGGAUAGCACGGCAAUCAAUGCUGAAUGGGGUCUCGUGCUUUUUUCGACAGGCUUGAAGGCGGCAAUGGAGAGUGUGAGGCGGCACACUGUGAAGCUUAUGUUCCAAGUCAAAAACAAGGCCAUUUUUCACACAAACGCUCAAGAGGUGAGCUCUUACUAUUUGCCAGCAUCCAUGUUUGCGCCCUAUUUUAUUGUUGAAGACGGAAAGUGCUCUUACGGAGAUGCCCUGUGUGCUUUCGUAACGCAGUUAAUCGUCCACACUCAUCAAAGCCAUUUUUCGCAUCAAGUCCCCGAAAUGGUGUCAUCCAUUUUGAAGUGCUUAUAUGAUCAGAGGAUGGCAUUCGAUCCUCCAAGAAUUUAUAUCUGUCUUGGUCUUUAUCGUGCUUUGAGCUCGCUCAAACUACAAGUUCUAGACGAGGACAAUAUAUCAGUUAUUUCUAAGCUGUUCGAAGUGUCUUCCGAGGAAGGUGUUUUUGAGUGCAUUUUGCAGACCUUGUACUUGAAGAUGCUAAUGCACGUCAAGGUCGACACAUCGCCCGCGGUGUGGAUAUCCGCUUUAGCAAAACAUGUUAGAGCGAACAAAGGAAGUUACCAGUAUCUCUCACCUGUCUUGGACGACUUCAUUGAUACCUCUCUCAAAUGUUUUGGGAAAAAUCAGAUCGAGUUUGCCACGUCACAAAUGCAACCCGAUGACUGUAUCCUGCAAGUUUUAAGUUACACCAUUUUUGGCGUAAAGCCCGUCGUGGUCGACCUCUCUUUUUUGAAAGAACUUGGCAAGUCUGAUAUGAAUUUGGAAAGUUUCAAAAGCGACUACGCCAACGCAUUGUCUGACCUCAUUAGUUGUAAAGCUGAGAGAGCCGAGUACGAAAAUGCGGAUGUUCUGACAACAUUGCCUAUUUUUGGCUCUCAAACUUGGAACGCAGUCAAGCUUGACACACUUUACAAUGCUUUACGCACAAACUUCAGUGCCGAUCAAUUUACCUUUUUCACAUCCUGUUACCUGCAAACCACAAAGCAUAGUAUGAUGUUAACUCCCUUCGAACUUGCAGACAUUUUCGACCUCUACGAACUUCUGAAAAACCAUUGCAAAGAAACAAUGGUAGGAACAUUCAAAUACAAAGACUCUGUUUAUGGAGGCUUUUUCAAGUUACUUCUAGCGUUCUUGCGUUCAAAUGCCCUUCAGACUAGCUCUGAUUCGUCUGAGGAUGAACUCGCCAAAGUAAUCGCGCUAAUGGGUCAAAAUGUUCAUGCAGACAAUGGAAAUUACGAGGGAAACCUCCGGAUUAUGGAGCUUUGCGAGUUUUUACUCAAUAACUACGUUUUAUCACGUUUACAAGGUUUUGACGGAAGACAAAUGAACGACUUCAGCGUUGUUCAGCAAAUUGUUGACAUUCUGUGCACUAUUUGGGAUUUUGUAGCCAGAGAUAGGCUGGUUCUUAACCAGAGAAAGCUGCAUCUAAAGUUCAUUGAAACUUUGUUUCAUCCCACUGUACUUUUCUUCGCCGUCGGAAAACAGAAUCCUGACUCUGAUCUUGGAUCCACCCUCUCUAGAUAUGGCAGCGAGAUUGUCACUCAGUCAAUUUCAAGACGUACAUUUCUCCCGACUCUAGGUGGUAGGAUCAACAAAUUUAUGGAAACUUUUGGGAAAGACUUGAAAAGUCAAGCGCAUGACUACUCUUGGCUUAUAGACCUCAUUUUCCGGGCCUUUGUUCAAAGCCAAGACAGUGUCAAUUCCUUCAAGCUCAAGCCAAUUGUGGCAAGGCUCUUUGACGAGCAAGUGGAUAGUUUGCGCGGUAGAUUUGGAUCGCUUUAUGACCGCGUAUAUCAAAUUCCAGAAAUUUCAUGCCGCGUUUUCCUAAUAAGUGCCGUACUUCACGCAAGUGAUGAGUUUCGCCAGGAUGUCUUUGUGGAUAGGGUAGCAAGCGAUGUGAAUCUGCUUAAGGCAAAUAAAAGCACAAAUGGUACAGAGGAACAAGAGAGAUUACUGAAAUGGCAAAUGUUGAUGCUGACCAUGAAAUCAAUCGAGCUACCCGUUCUUAAAAAACACGUUCAGGACGAAAUCAUGUGCAGUGUUGCCGCGGAGACUUCGCCUCUUAUUCGAGUUUAUUCUGAAUGGAUCGUUGCAAUUGAUCUGUGUCACACAUGCUUGGAUGAAACUCCAAGUCAAACCGAAAUUGCGCUUUUUGAAAUGUUAGAGGAUCAGUCAAAACCUUCGUUAGCCGUAACAGCUACUCGGGUAAUUUUUGUGUCUUUGAAAAGCGUACUUGGUGUAAAAGAUUGCAAGAGGCUGCUGCAUAAGUUUAUCCCGAAAGUGAUCUCUAAUUGUGCUUCCAACAAGCCCUUGGUAAGACAUUUUUCAAACUCUUUAAUGCUGACUCUAUGGCCAUUAUUCAAUGACUUUUUGACUGACAAAACUCUCGCAAGUGUUCUCGAGAACCUUUACUUGAAUGCACAAAAAUUGCAGGUUCAUGGCCAGUUCAGAUUGGGCGAUGCAGUUAUAUGGGAUCUAAACAAGGAUUUGAAUUUGACUAGCAUAUUUGGAGGGGUUUUGAUGAAAAUCACUGACCACAAUGUACCCUAUAUCGACGAAGCUACGUUCAAAAAGCAUUUGACGUCGAUGGAUCAACUUCCAGUAGGCAGAGAUGAGUCUGAUUUGUGGUUAGGUAAAAGAUCAGGGUUGAAAGAGUCUUCUGAGACACACCAACAGAAGGGUUCCCCACUCCAAACAAAAAGUGGAGCCUGGGAAGCCGUAAUGAACUUUGCUGAGAAGAAAUCAGGAGGAGCCGUGAAGCGUACGCCAUUGAUUGUUGUUGCUUCCUUGGUAGACAAAGCACCUAAUCUUGGCGGUAUCUGUAGACUCUGUGAUGUUUUGGGUGCGGGUCUUCUUACGAUUCACGAUAUAAGAAUGAAAGAUCAGCCUCAGUUUAAAAGUGUUGCCGUAACCGCUGAUCGUUGGAUGCCAAUGGAAGCAGUGGCUGUCGAUGAAAUUGUCCAGUUCAUGAGAGCCAAGAAGAAGGAGGGGUACACUUUGAUAGGUUUGGAGCAAACGGACAAGUCCUUACAAUUGGACAAUAAAUAUUCGUUCCCCGAGAAGAGUUUAAUUUUACUAGGAACAGAGGCGGAAGGUAUUCCGGGCCAUUUACUUGGAGAAUUGGAUCUGUGCUUAGAGAUUAAGCAAUCAGGUGUAAUUCGCUCAAUGAACAUCCAGACAGCUACAGCUGUGAUAGUACAUUCAUACUCGGCCCAGCAUACGUGA